CGCGCCACGACCCUGAUGGUGUACCAGGACACGGGAACCCUCUUGAACGUCGCGUGGUGCGUGGCCGGCGUUGUGUACCUCGUCGGCACCUCGGCCUUGAGCGUCUACUUUGUCUACCUCCUGGGCCCGAGCAUGACCAACGACCUCUUCUGGGCGGGCUUUAACACAACCGGCAUGCAAUCGUUUGUCGCCGACGCGUUCAAUCGGGCGCUUACCUCUGCGACGAACGCAUCAACCGACCUGGAUCUGCGCAGUCCCGGCCUCUUCUUCAAGAGCGACUACAGCAGCAGCGUCAACCAGAUCGGCGUCAACCCCUCGUACGUUCGGAGCGUCCUCGGUGCCAUGACGCUCCUCGAAGCCGUGCGGGGUCUCCGCGCCGUCACGAUGGACUAUGCGCUCUGGCUGCCAACGCAAAACUGCUGGGUUGACAUGGAUCGCCGCUGGGAGCUCGCCCACACACUGCGCCGCCAAGCGAGAUGUGCUGCAGCUGAUAGCGACAACGCGGCCGUGUACCUCGAGGCGCUGCUGCGCAAUGUCGACUGGGACGACUGGAUGAGCACAGCGGGCUCGGGCUUUCAAACGGCGAUUCUCGACGCAGUAGUAGACGAUGUCGACGGCCCUGCGUGGGUGACUGCCACGGCCAGCGCCGACACGACGGUUGACGACGAAGUUGCGUACUGGACGACACAUCGUUUACGCCGGUUUGCACUGCAGUGGCACAACCUCUGGCAAGGCGGCGCGACCGAGACCGUUGUGAUUGCGAAUGCACUCGGCAUGGAAGAGAGCAUUAGCGUCAAGAAUCUUCCGAUAGUGUCACGGGACUAUAUGUGGACGAGCCAUAAAUGCUACUGGGCGCUCUUCAACGAUCUCUGGGCCGCCGGUGUCCAAGACGUAUCGCUGGUGCGUGUGAACGCUAGCCAAGUCAAUUUUGAAGCUGUCCAGGGCACCGACCCGACGAUGCUGCCUGUCGCGCUCCUGCAUGCGCACGUUGGUCCGCUCCUCUCGAUCGACAUGCGCUACGUGGCACUACCGCACUCGCUGGCGAUGCUCGCCUUCUACUUUGACGCAGCGUUUGCCCGCGCCAUCUCCAAAAGCUCGGCGCAGUCCGUCCACAACCCCCGCACCGUGCUCGCGACGCCAUCGUCGUGGCUGCAACCGACGCUGUCGUACUAUGGUGGCAACCCUUUCUGCAUCACAGGCGCCAGCCAGACGUCGUUCGCCCAGCCAACCUUUGGUUUUUACGAUAUUUGUGGCUCCCAAGACCAAAUGACGCUGACGUACACAGCGCACAGUCUCGCGUUUGCUGUGCUGGGCGCUAGCAUGAACGACAGCAGCAUCGUGCCACCACUGCGCGAGCUCUGUGGCCAUUCAACUGACUGCGUGGACGACAUCAUCGCUGCAUCGUCGUUCGUCGCGGGCUCGAAGGACAUUGAAGCUCUCACGCCUCUUUCGGCUGUCGUGUCGAACGAAGUAGCCAUCCUUCAAGUCGAAGUCAUGCAGUUUGCUCUACUCAAUGGCUCGGACCCUCUUCUGCUGCAUCAAUUGUUGACGGAAUGGGGUGUCUUUGGCUGGGUGCACCUCUACGACUGGGCGGUUGGAACGCGGGAAGUGGUCAAGUUUGAAGGCGACGUCGGGUCGAUGACGCUCAUCUCGACCGCUGUACCCCCGAUCGGAUUCGAUGCGAUGGCGCUGGAGGUGCCCCGGAGCACGUGCAACUAUCUCUGGUACAUUGUUCUCUACUCGACCGCCGUCUUAGGCUUUGUCGCUGCAUUUGUCUUGCUUCGCUGUGCGUGGAUCGAGUUUCAAAUCGCAGGUCGCAACCUCUUUUCUUCAACCGCGUCGCCGCCUUUGUUUGGGUCGGUCGCCCCGUCUUUCUCCACUGCGCCCAUGGCGCUAAGCCCGCACUACGGCUGGACCGGCCUCGCUUUUGAGACGCGGUCGUUCUUUGAGACGGCGGUUUUGACAAGCGAAGUCGCUUGGCUCUCGUACGUUCUUGUCGACAUCCUCCUCGUCAUCUUUCCCGAGAGCGCACCCACGUACGCACCGAUAAGCGCUGCCUUGACGUGGAUCAUCAUCCUUCUCUACUCGAUCCUGGAUCCGGUGCGGCCCACCGCGUCCAUCGCACGGACCUGCGCGAGCGUCAACUUUGAUGCCCAGCUCCUGUGUGUAAGCGGUCGACUCGAGAUCGGGAGCUGGGAUCGCAUGCAGAUGCUAGUAGUGAUCACAGUAGGGUCCAUCAUCGUCGCGAUUCUUCUUUUGCAUCUGUCGCGCCGAGCAGCUCGAAUCGCGCCGCUGCGUCGCUCGGCGAACGAAGCCAAACCAACGGUCAUAUCUGCGGCCGGUGAAGCCUUUUUAAACCUUCGCAUACUCACGAUCGAGAACACGGCCAAUUGGUGUAUGGACCACGCCAUGUGCACACUGUGCGGGCUCAUUCCGUUUCAAUUCAAGGGCAACGACUAUGUCUUUGACAUCAAACUCUGGGUCGUCUGGAAGAAACGACACACCACCGAGAAGCAUCGAACAAACUCGACGCUCCACAUGCGAUCACCGUCGCUUUCGGUGCGAGCGCGGCCCAUCAGGACUGCAAUUCUUUCGGCGCCUAUUGUCGAACCAACGACAAACCACCGCGUCCCAUGGAACACGCUGAUGGUCGUGCUCGGCUUUGGCUACCUCGUGCUGACGAUCGCUAGCAGCAUCGUCUUCAUCUCCGUCUCGGGCCAGAACCUCGCCAACGACUUUUUCUGGCCCGGCUUCAACAGCACCGGCAUCGACGCCUUUCUCGGCAAUUGGUUCAACACCCAGCUGUUUUAUGCGACGACGCCCAUGACGUGGCGCCUCGACGACGUCGGGUUUGCAGACGCCUUGCUCUACAAUGGUUCGACGACCUUGGUCAUGUCGCAGUCGCUCUACACGAAUGUCAUCUACUUGGAGACCCUCGCGAGCGACCUCGGCGCUGCGAUCGCAGGUCUACGGAUGACGCCCCCGAGCACGCUGCCGUAUGUGUUUACGUCGUUUUGCUACCUCGACUUUGAGCGGCGCUGGGCCAUGGCCAACUCGGCAGCGCGGCAGACGCGGUGUGCAGCCUACAACACCAACGGCGCCGUGUAUCUCGAGGCGUUUGUCCGCAACACCGACUGGGCGAGCUUUCAACACGCGUGGGGAAACGCCUUUGAGAUCGCGUUUGGGUACGACUUGAACGCGAGUGCGGCCGGCCUGGCCUGGCGAUCGGCCAGUCGCGAUCCUGGCACGAGCAUUGCAGACGAAGUGCGUCUCUGGACAACGUAUGCGAUCGCGUCGUUUACGCUGCAGUGGCAAAACUACAAGCGGCUCGGCCUCUUUGAUGCCUUCGACGUCGAGACUGCGUUUGGCUUUCGCUAUGCGAUCACGCUCAAGCAGACGGUGGGUUCGUGGGCGUGGAAAGACCAGACGUCGCUCAAGAUGUACUGGUCGUUUGGCGCCGACCUCGACGCCGUUCGUGCCAACUCCCCGCACUUUGCCUAUGUGAAUGGCUCGAGCCUUGAAGACGUUAUGAGCCAGAACGGGACGCUGACACCGCCGUUCAGUCUUGGCUUUGGGUUGGUGCGCGCGCACAUUGGGCCCUUUGGGUCGAUUGACGUGCUGCAUGUCCCUGUCCCGCCAGCGCUCUUGCGAUUGCAGCAGCUGUUUACUCGCCUCCUCAGCACGAAUUUGGCCACAAAAGCAGCGGCCGCCACGGCAUACGGAGCGCUAAUCGUGCCGUCGUUGGCGGCAGUGCCAACUGCGUGGGUCGAGAGUAACGUUAUCCUCCUCGGCGGCAACCCCUUCUGCGAUGUCGCUGUCGACUUGAUGAUGCCCCACAAUACGACAGCAAGUACGUUGAGUGGUUUUUUCGGCCUCUCUGCCGUCUGUGGCACGUUGUUUGGCGAGUACAUUGCUCCAAGUAUCAACCAGGUCGUCUUUGCCCCACUCGCUCAUCAGAUGUCGGGCACGAGCAACGUCGGUAACGCGUGCUCGAUCGAAACGUUUAGCCCCUCGAGCUGCGCCGCCAUGGUAGUGGCAGCACAGUCAUUUACAAACGUGAGCUUUCCCACCGACCAACUCGAUGCGCUACAAGUUGCUGUCGACGCAGCCGUCGUCGCCGUUCAAACAGCCCACGUCACAAUCGUUCAGUACGCUCUCAACGGGUCGACGCCGCAACUCCUCGCAAUCGACCUCCUCGAUCCAAGCGACCCUGCAUUUAUGCUUUUUGGAUGGUUCUUUCUCUGGGACUGGGUGACAGGGUAUCGCGAGGCUGUCCAGUUUGUCGGAGACGCUGGCGCACUCAGCAUGCUCUCGACCUUGAUGACAACCACGACUUUUGAGCCCAAUGCCCUCGAAAUACCGAAAAAUAUCGCGCUUGUCCUGCGCACCGGCGUCAUGUACGUCACCUUUGUACUGGUUGCUGUGAGUAUUCUCGUCGUCUUCCAUAUGCUCGGGAGCCGUGGCCAGAUCUCGGGCAGCCACCUCUUUGGCCUCAACCGCGUCGCCGGUAUCGUCUGGGUGGGUCGUCCGCUGCUACUCUUGCGCAGUCUCACGGCCAUGGCUGUCCUCAGUACCGCGCGCGUCGACCUCGUCCAAAGUGGCAUCGUCACGCUGUUUCAAACGACCGUCUCAAGCGCCGUCCUCACGGUUCUCAGUGCGGGCGAAGUCACGUGGUUUAUUUACGUCCUCAACGACAUUCUUAUGGUCUACACGCAGCAAUAUGCGCGACUCUAUAUGACCAAAGCCACAUACCUCUUGUGGUUGAUCUCGGCGAUCUGGAGCUUUGUGUCGCCCGUGACGCACUCGGCUACCGUGGCGCGGACCUGCGCCGCGAUCGAUCUGAACCUCCAGCUGGUGUGUCAGAGCGGCGUCCUGCGCAUUGGCGAUCGAACGCGCUUUGUCGAGCUCCUUUUGCUCUGCGUGGGUUGUCUCCUUCUGUGCUAUGGUAUUGAGCGCUGGCGAUAUCCCGAUCUUCCGAACGAGUCGCCGGUCUCACACCACUUGAGCUGCGAGGCCAAGUACUUGUUUAACCUUGAAAAGUGGCAAUUCCAGGGCGUCUACUACUUGGACAAGGCGUCGGCUGCGAUGAACGGCAUGCUCAUUCUCUCGCUUCGUGACACGUUUUACGCGCUCGACAUCAAAACCUGGCGCCGCUUCCAGCUCCACGUACCCCGAGCUCACUACACGGAGAUGGAUGUGAAGAGUCGGCGUCGACUCAAGCAUGCCUAUCCGCUCAUCGAGUAG